AUGCCGGACUUCAAUGCGCAUGGCCUUGACCCGGCCUGGGCCGAGCCACCAGCGAAGAAGGUGCAGGAGUUCUUCGACACUUUUUCGGAGAGCUAUGUCCGUGAUGAGCCGCUGCUCAUCCAAGACACAACCAAGGCGGAGCUGGACUACAUCGCCGCCAGGGCGGCGGAGGCGGCGCUCGCCAGGGAGGCCGGCAACAUUGGCGCCGUAGAGGACGAGGCCGACAAGGAGGUUGAGGUGAAUGACCCCCCGGCCGCGGGGAGGCAGCGCGUCCUACGGCGGGCCAGCUCUGGUGAGCCGGUCCGGCCCGGCAGGACCAUGCAGCGGCAGCCAGCCCAGGAGCAGCUCGUGCACGAGACGAGGGUGAUGAAGGCCGCGGCAGCGAAGACGGCGGCGAAGGCCGCGGUGGCGAAGAGGACAGCGACUGCUUCCUCCUCGUCCAAGCGGCACCGGACCCCAUCCCCUUCCCCUUCUCCUUCGGAAAGCACCUUGGAGGCCGAGUUCGACCUCGGAUCUUUUAGCCCAGCGAGGAAGAGGAAGCUAGUGGAGGAAGAGGAUGUGGAGACACUGGCCCAAAGGGUGGCGAAGAGGGCCAAGGCCUCGACGGGCGACAAGCCCCCGGCGGGAGGAGGACGGCAACAGGAGGAGCCGCCGAGGGCCACUCCCAACACGCUGCCCCCCUCGACUACGCCGCCCCGAGGGGCGUCCCCGGCAAGGGCAUUCACCAUCGAGCCCGCGCACAUGGAGGAGGAGGCGAACUUGGGUGCCGGGGGUUCUGCCCCGGCAAUGAAUGCUGGUGGGGAGGGCGCCACUUCUUCCCAGCCCGACCCUUCCUCGGCGGACCGGGAGGACAUUAACACCGUGAUCGAAGAGGUUGCCAGGGACGGCGAGGCUGAGGCCGACAACAUCGCCGCCGAGGAGGCCGCCAAGGCCGCCGCCGAAGAGGCGGCCAAGGGGCCUGAUGGGGAGGCCGGCAAGGGCGCCGCCGAAGAGGCGGCCAAGGGGCCUGCCGGGGAGGGGGUGGUCGACGACCGACCUUCCUCCUCUGCUGCCUCCGGCUCGGGAAAGUACUUGAAGGCGCUCCACCGUGCCCGCCUGGACAAGGCAAAAUCCAGGAUGGCGGCGGCGGACAAGGCGGAGACGGAUCUUGAGGAGCGCAUCGCCGAGACGCAGGCCCGGUUCAGCAAGGCCCACGAAGAACUGAAGGUUGCCCAGGAUCUGCUGGCUAAGCGCAAACAGGAGCUCAUCCUGAAGCAGGCUGAUCUGAAGCUUGAGGGCCUUGAGGGGACGCUUUCGGAGGUCAGGGCCCGAGAAGAGACCCUGACCAAGGACCUAGAGGAGGAGAGGCAGAUGUGGAGGAAUGAUGCUGCCGAACACAAGGAGUACGCGGAGGGCAUAAACCGUUGGGUCAGCCGCCUCGCCGACGUCGCCGGCAGGAUCACCACGAAGCUGGCUGCCAUGGGGAUGCCGAAUGUUAGGUACUCCCUGGAGCCGAACGUGAGUCCCAAUGCCAAACUGGCCCUGUUCUUCGAGGGCGUUCUUGGAGCCCUGGAGCAGCUUCGCUCCAACCGAGCAGCUUAUCUGGCCAACGAGGCCCGGAGGCUCUGCCGGAGUGCCCUGGCCAAGGUGCUCAUCAAGGUGGCGUUCUAG